CUACUACCAAUAAUAAAAUAAUGCAAAAAUGCAAAAAUGAAAAGAACUGUUUCAUGUGUUUUGGAAUCAACCAAAUCACGAGAUCAAUAAUAAGCCGUCUAAAGAAUUGUUACGUGAAAAUCACUAUGUCAUAUCAUUUUCAUUUUUCUGUUUUAGACACUGUAUUGUAGGGUCUAAAAGACGAUCAUCGUCUUAGUGUCCUCCGUCUCUGUCCUCUCAAGCAUUGCCUCAAUCGCUACUCAUUCAUAUAUAUUGCUAUUUGCUACCUGUCCUUUUCUUUCUUCAUAUAACUUACUUUCUUUUCCACUCACUUCCUACUUCAUCUUGUUAAUUCUCAUGGAUUCUCAACUACACCUUGAUGCAAGCUAUGACGAGGAUAAGGAUGUUGAAAGGAUCUAGCUGGUAUCUAUAUCUUCUCCUAAUCAGAAUUUUUAUGCCCAUAUUAUUCAGAAGAAAACAUGGAAGCAAACAAUUCUGCUAUCAUUUCAAAUUGUGGGAAUAGUUUAUGGUCAACUGAGCACUGCACCUUUAUAUGUAUUUGGGACAAUGCAAGAGGGAGAUCUUUUAUCAGAGGAAGUCGUUUAUGAACUCUUCUCCUUCAUUUUCUGGACACUCACAAUUAUUUCUUUGAUCAAGUAUGCCUCUAUAGUGUUGAAAGCUGAUGAUGAAGGAGAGGGUGGUACUGUUGCUUUAUACUCACUGUUGUGUAGAAAUGCAAAAGUUGGCCUGCUCCCAUGUGAUAGUACCAACGAGGUUAUGCUUUAUGAGGAGAGAAGUUGCUCUAAGAUGAAAACCGAUUCAAGAGCACGAAGGGCCAUUGAGAAACACAAGAUCUGUCACUAUUUGAUAUUGUUUUUAGCCCUCUUUGGUUCCUGUAUGACCAUUGGGGACGCUGUGCUCACUCCAGCACUUUCAGUGUACUCUGCUUCGUCUGGCGUUCAGAGAUCCUUGACAGACAUAUUGGAUGACAUAUAUGCCUCAUCACCAAAUACUCAGCAAUCCGUAACAAAAGCUCUAAAAAGAUAUGUACCUGUUCCCUCCGCGUGUGUUAUACUGGUUGGCCUGUUCAUGCUGCAGAAUUGCGGUACACGUAAAAUUGGGAUCAUGUUUGCCCCAAUCAUCGCUGUUUGGCUAUUGUUUGCUGCUGCGGUGGGAACAUAUAAUAUUUUCUACUGGGAUGUAAAAAUUAUCUGUAAAAUAUCCCCAAUCUACAUAUACAAAUUCAUCAAAAAUAUUGACCUCACCAGAUGGAGGUUGUUAGGGAGCGUCAUUUUGUGUGUAGCAGGAUCGGAGGCAAUGUUUGCAGACCUAGGCCAUUUCUCCAAGAAAUCAAUUAAGAUUACAUUUAUAUGCUUGAUCUAUCCGCUUCUUCUUUUAUGCUAUGCUGGUCAGGCUGCAUAUAUGUCCAAAAAUUUAAUUGCUCCGGAGUUUAAUCAUCUUAGUCAAUCUAUUCCACGUGGUUGCAGGCACUUGUUCAUAGUAUUAUCCCUACUUUCUUCAGCCGUGGGAAGCCAAGCAACCAUAACAGCGUGUUUCUCCAUCAUUAACCAGUGCCUCGCAUUAAAUUGCUUUCCCAGAGUAAAAGUUAUUCACACAUCAAAAACUAUACAUGGGCAGAUUUACAUCCCCGAUGUUAACUGGUUAUUGAUGAUUUUCAGUCUCACUGUCGUGCUUGCUUUCAGAGACCUUGUGAAAAUUGGCAAUGCAACAGGUUUGGCUAUCAUUUGUGGAAUGCUUGUGACAACUAGUCUGAUGUCACUGAUAAUUGCUUUGUAUUGGGAGAAGAAUUUAAUGGUAUCUGCGUGCUUUCUUGUAUGUUUUGGCUUCCUUGAGGUUGCAUAUCUUUCAGCAUGUCUGCUACAAUUCCAUAAGGGAGCUUGGUAUUUGGUUGUCCUAUUGGUAGUGUCCAUGACAAUCAUGCUUUCAUGGCAUUAUGGAACUGUGAAAAAGUAUGAGUUUGAUUUGCAAAACAAGGUACCAACGGAAUGGCUAAUAGAUAUUAGUCCAGGCCUAGGGAUUUCAAGGGUACCCGGAAUUGGGUUCAUUUACACUGACAUAGUAGCAGGAAUCCCGGCUUUCUUUUCACAUUUCAUUACUAAUCUUCCUGCCUUUCAUCAAGUGUUGAUCUUGGUGUCCUUCAAGUAUAUACCAGUGCCUUAUGUCCCAGAAAGUGAAAGGUAUCUCAUAGGUAGGAUAGGGCCAAAGGAUUACAAAAUAUAUCGUUGCAUUGUGAGAAGUGGAUAUUGUGAUCACAUAAGGGACACGGGUGAUUUUGAGGAGAACAUUAUUCGUUCCAUAGGGGAAUUCAUUUCCAUUGAACAGAAUGACAUUGAGUCCAUGGUUUCCCCGGAUGAAACAAUGAUCGUUGUUGGAAAUUCAGGACUUGAUGGAAAUGCUUUAGUUGCUCUUGAUGAAGUUGAGUCAUGCAUGGUGAACAAUGAAUCUCAGAUAAGUCCAGUGGAUGAAACGUUGGAGAGUAGUAGUGGUGGUAACAAGAGAAAGAAGGUUCGGUUCAUGUUGCCUGAAAAUAGUCCUAAAAUGCAGGUAUCUGUUAGGAAGGAGCUAUUGGAGCUAAUUGAAGCCAGGGAGAGUGGAAGUGCCUAUUUCUUGGGUCAGUCACAUUUGGUGGUGCGCGGUGGCUCAAACUAUCUCAAGAGAUUCUUAAUCAUGGUUUAUCGUUUCAGUGAAAAAAACUGUCGAGAAUCUCCUGUGGCUCUUAAAAUCCCUCAUGCAGCACUUGUAGAAGUCGGUAUGGUAUGUACUAUAUAACUACAACAAAUUAUACGACUUCUGCUGUUUCACUAAUCCAAAUAGAGAAGUCAGAGGUACAAAAGAUGGGGAAAAAUAUUUCUUACUUGAGCAUAGUUGUAGAUCUCAGACUAUGCAACAUAUAAUGGAAAUUAGAGAGAUUAUUCAUGUCUUGUAUUGUACCAAAAAAAAAAAUAUAGUCCCCUUUACAUGAUAUAGACAUUAUGACCAUAUAAAUGCUGAUGUAUUUCUGGUUCUGGGUGAGUUAUAGGGUGCAAGGGUAUACAAAAUUGUGUAUGAUAGACAACAAUUUGACCUGUUGCCGUAAGCUGUAACACUUAAAAAAUGGUUGUUAAACCUUUAAUCAAUUUACAUAUACUGCUGCAUAACGUAAAGAUAAAAUUACAAAAAAAAAAAAUUAUAAAAAAAAAUAAAACAAUAUUUUUUAAAAUUACAU